AUGUCGUUUGGAGAUCUUUUGCACAGAGUUGGAGGAAUGGGCAGAUUUCAGAUCAUACACGUCACUUUGCUCUGCAUUCCCAUAUUGCUGAUGGCCAGUCAUAACCUUCUACAGAACUUCAGUGCUGCAAUACCAGACCAUAAAUGUAAACUAAAUGACACUGGGCCCUCCAACACCAGUACUGAACAAGAGGGAUGGGUGAAGAUGUUUGCCCCAUUAGAUAGCAAAGGAAAACCUGAUUCAUGCCUUGAAUUUGUGGAGUUACAAUGGAGAAAGGUGACAGGAAACGUGUCAUGGGACAAUAUGACAGCCGUAGGAACCAGACAGUGCUUAGCAGGCUGGGACUAUGAUAGAACGGAGUUCAGUUCAACAAUAAUCACAGAGUGGGAUUUGGUGUGCAUGCACAAGAACAGAAGACAGUUGGCGCAAUCCAUAUAUAUGGCGGGAGUGCUGGUGGGAGCCAUCAUUCUAGGAGGUCUGUCCGACAAAUAUGGUCGGAGGGCAUUGCUAAUCUGGUCCUACCUUCAGAUGGCUGUGUGCGGGACCUGCACCGCGUUCUCUCCAAACUAUCUGUCAUAUUGCAUUUUCCGAUUUCUUGUUGGGAUGGCGCUCUCUGGAAUUGGACUAAACACUACAGCAUUAAUUGUUGAGUGGAUUCCAACAAGAGAGCGCACUAUCACCGGCACCCUGGCUGGAUUUUGCUACACAGUUGGGCAACUACUCUUGGCAGGGCUGGCAUAUGGCAUCCGAGACUGGAGAUGGCUGCAGCUCACUGUGUCACUGCCUUUCGUUUUCUACUUUUUGUACUCAUGGUGGUUCCCAGAAUCUGCUCGUUGGCUCGUUAUAUCUGGAAGACCUGAUAAGGCAGUUACAGAAAUUAAGAAAGUGUCCAGAAUUAAUGGAAAGGCAGAAGAAGGCGAGAAGAUUACUCUUGAGACGCUGAAAGCUGAUAUGAUAAAGGAGGUGGCUUGUGGGACUGAAACAUAUACUUUAUUAGACUUGGUUCGUACCAGCACUGUGCGCAGAAUAUCUUUUGCAGUGAGCUUAGUGUGGUUCUCCACCAGCUUUGCCUAUUAUGGGCUGGCCAUGGAUCUGCAGAAGUUUGGUGUAAGCAUCUAUCUUAUUCAGGUCAUCUUUGGAGCCGUUGACUUCCCAGCCAAGCUGGUAUCUACGACAAGUAUGAUUUACAUUGGCCGGAGAGUGACUCAAGCAUGUUCCUUGAUACUCGGUGGACUGGCUAUCCUAGCAAACAUCUUUGUGCCAAAUGAGCUGCAGACAGUGAGAACCAGCCUGGCCGUGUUUGGAAAAGGCUGCCUGGCUGCUUCAUUUAGCUGCAUAUUCCUGUACACCACUGAGCUCUACCCGACAGUAAUACGGUGA